AUAUUUUGCAGAGCGGCAACAUACAUCGACAUGUUUUGACAAAUUCCUCUCCCCCGACUGAGAUCACUGAUCCAGUGCGCGUGCCGCCGGCGCCAUGGCCGCGCCACCGCCGUCGCCAGACCAAACCUACUAGCAGCGCGUCGGGGGUGCACCUGCGGCCGAUCUAGGAGACAGGGAUUUCUUCUCGUCCUGUCCUGUGGAUUAUUACGGGCCUGGAUUUGCUUGGGAGUGAGAGGAGAGAGCGAGUAAUAGGGUGAAGGAGUCUUGGGGAGAAGAUGGCUGCGGAAAUGGUGAAGGCGGCGACGAGCGACAAGCUCAAGGAGAUGGACUGGGCAAAGAACAUCGAAAUCUGCGAGCUCGUGGCGCAGGAUCCGGGGAAUGCGAAGGAUGUGAUCAAGUCUAUAAAGAAGUCUGUAGGGAGCAAGAACAAGAGCACUCAACACUUUGCUGUUAUGCUAUUGGAGAUGCUUCUGAAUAAUUGCGGAGAGCCUGUCCAUAGGCAGGUUGUUGAUAAUAGCCUUCUUCCAAUACUUGUGAAGAUAGUGAAGAAAAAAACGGAUUUACCAGUUCGAGAAAAAAUAUUUCUUCUGUUAGAUGCCACGCAAACAUCCCUUGGUGGAGCUAAAGCAAAGUUUCCUCAGUACUAUGAGGCAUACUAUGAGCUGGUGUCUGCUGGUGUGCAAUUUUCAAAUCGCCCAAAUGUUGUUGUCACACGAGCAGAAGUGCCAGUCCCAGAAACGAGAACAGAACCAAAUAAUGUGAGUUUAUCGGCCCGAUUGCAUGAAGCUCAACAGGAAGUGCACACUCAGCCUGCUCUGGAUACAAGUAUAGUCCAGAAAGCCUGUAGUGUCAUGGAAGUAUUGAGGGAUGUGCUUAAUUCUAUGGAUCCUAGACACCCUGAGGGAGCAACGGAUGAAUUUGUGUUGGAUCUUGUCGAGCAAUGUACGUUUCAGAAGCAACGGAUGAUGCACCUUGUUAUGACAUCAAGGGAUGAAAUGGUGGUGUCACAAGCUAUAGAGCUAAACGAAGAGCUACAUAAGGUUCUCGUCCGGCAUGAUGUGUUGCUCUCAGUUCAUCCGACAACAACAGUAGCUUCUAAUAUCAAUGAGGAAGAGAAUGCUGAAAGUCUCUAUCGGAGACUGCGGAAGGGGAAAGCUCUGUCACAGGACUACACAGAUGACUCGGUACCGUCGUUCCGGUCCAUGCCCGAGGACAAGCUGCGGCGGCCGCUGACCAUCCAAUCACCUCACCCUGACAAGAGACUGGGCGCGCUGAACAUCCACUUGCCGGACGGUGAGGAGCCAAGGCAUGAUCCCGCUCCGCUGAUCCCGCCGCCGCCCGCAAAGCACGCCGAGAGGGAGAGGUUCUUCCAGGAGAAGAGCAUCGACGAGCAUCGACGGCGGAGUGGCCAGCCUGCCGGGUCACCUGAGGGGCCUGUCGCAGCACAGCCGGGACAGCAGCAGCUCGUGUAGCGGCAGCACUGAUUAUGGCGACUGAAGGGGGAGCAGUGGUACAUAUAGGGGUUCCCUUCUUGGGGGUUGUUGGUCUCCCACUUGGCCAGGCAGGCCAUACAUUGGUGUUGCGCCGGAGUUUGGCUUGGCCGUGAGCUUCUUCUUCAUGCUGACCUGUGUACACUUGGUAGCAUUUUGUUCCUCCUUUUCACCUUUGCCGUGACAUUAUUGGGAGACCGUUGUGUUGGUGGCGGUGUGGGUUCUUUUCUUUCAGAUCUAUAGAUGAUUGUGAUCUACAUCUA